GCUAACAGCGUAGCAGCUAACAGCUAAAAGGCUAACAGUUAGCAGCUAACAGGCUAACAGUUAGCAGCAGGUCCUGGUCCGAACCGGUCCACGAUGCAGGCCGACUUCCGGCCCCCACGCAGACGAACCCGGGUCCACGAAGCGCGCGAGGCUCCGCUGCCGCUGAACGGUCACUUCCGGUCUGAUCUCAUUAACCAGCACGUGCUAGUCUCUGAUCCAGACCAGAUCCCCCAGAUCCACAACCAGGGCUUCUUUGGGAAGGGGGUUCUCUCCAGAGCCAGACCGGACCACAGCCUCUCCGACCAAUGGGAGCAACAUGAAGGUCUGUUUCUACCCAUCAUGCCCCAGUCCAGGUAUGACGAGCUGCUCAGGUGGGCGGGGUCUCUCCUCUCGGCUCGGGGAUUGGACGAAGAAGCUGUCAAUCAAACUCUGCUCAGACUGUCUCAGCCUGUAGAGACGCAGGCUGUGAGGAAGGAGGCGGAGCCAGAACCGGAGGGAGGAGCCUCUCCUCACGCCAAGAGGCCGCGGCCAGGGUCAGAGGUCAAGCCGGGGUCAGAGGUCGGGCCGGGGUCAGAGGUCGGGCCGGGGUCAGAGGUCGGCAGACCAGCACAGACCAACACAGACCAGAACAGACCGGCACAGACCAGUACAGACCAGUACAGACCAGCACAGACCAGCACAGACCAGUACAGACCAGCACAGACCAGCACAGACCAGUACAGACCAGCACAGACCAGCACAGACCAGGACAGACCAGUACAGACCAGAACAGACCAACACAGACCAGAACAGACCAGUACAGACCAGCACAGACCAGGACAGACCAGUACAGACCAGUACAGACCGGCACAGACCAGCACAGACCAGUACAGACCAGCACAGACCAGCACAGACCAGGACAGACCAGUACAGACCAGCACAGACCAGUACAGACCAGCACAGACCAGCACAGACCAGAACAGACCAACACAGACCAGCACAGACCAGAACAGACCAACACAGACCAGCACAGACCAGCACAGACCAGCACAGACCAGAACAGACCAGGCAGGAGGGGGGGCCGGGGGGGCCGGGGGGGUGAGGCAGGUGAGGCGGACCCCGUUCUCCCUCACAGAGUACCUGCAGCUCAGCCUGGAGGAGACCUUCUUCCUGGUCUACAGCCUGGGCUGCCUGUCUGUCUACCUGCACCAGGAGCCGCUGUCAGUCAUCCAGCUGUGGAGGAAGUUCCGGUCUCUGCGGCCGGACUUCGUCAGCUUGUACGCAGCCUAUCAGCACUGCCGAAGCCGGGGGUGGGUCCCUAAAGGAGGGGGAGGGGCCAAGUAUGGCGCCGACCUCGUGUUGUACAGGAAAGGUCCACCUUUCUACCAUGCCAGUUAUUCAGUGGUGGUGGAGCGGGUUGAUGGUGCGUUCAGGGGCUCGGCGUUGCGUCAAUUUUCGUGGCGUUCUCUGGCGGCUCUCAGCAGGAUCACCGCUAACGUGUCAAAGGAGCUGAUGAUGUGUUACGUCAUCUAUCCCACCGACCUAUCAGAGGAGGAGCUGGACUCACCUGAGUGUCUGAGCAGACUGAAGGUUCAGGAAGUGAUCAUCAGCAGGUGGGUUUCCUCCAGAGAACGAGCGGAGCAGGACGACAUCUGAUUGGCUGACAGGACGCCAGUGUUAGAAACACCACCUACACCACCCAGAUUACCUACACCACCUACACCACCCUGACCACCUACACCACCUAGAUUACCUAC